GAAAAAAGGGGCAUAAUAGUUUAGAGGUGAGAACUAGGGUUUUGGGGACCAGCCAUGACGAAGUUCAACGAGAUUCAGAAGAAGAGGAGAGCUCAAACCCAAGAAAGGAAGCGGGUUGUUCAUGGCAACCCAAUUACAGGGAAACUCAAGAACAAGCCUCAGCCACAGUCAAUCUCCGGCAAGCGCAAGAGGAAGCUCUUCAAGAAAUGGCGAAGGGAACAGAAGACCCUUCUUCAGAUGGGUGUCGUCACCAUGGGGGAUGUUGAGAUGGCUGUCGCCGAAGGGACAUCUGAAGAUACCAAGAAGACAUCAACAAAAUUUCACUUGAAGAAGAAUGCAAAGCUUAAAAUUAAACAAUUGAAGUGCAAAGGUAAGAAACAAAAAAGAUCACCUGCACCAGUGGUGGAGGCUUCAGUUGAUGUGAUGGUGGAGUAACUAGUGAAGGGACAAUGCAUUUCUAACACACUUUGACUUUUUGACUUACAAGCAAUGGACGAAGUGAAGCAAUAUAGGCAUUUA